CGGUCACGUAGUAAAAACCCAGCCCGUAAACACCCAUCGACGCACUUCUUCCUUCCUCCUUAGCAACACCACUCUUGCACAACAGCACGACAGCUCGACGGCACCGCACAGGCCCUAGACCCGACUCAGCCAGCGCCACACUCAUUCCCACCACCACUACCAACAACUCAGCUAGCUAACGAAAAUGGCCAAGAAGGAGAAGGUCCCUCUCAGCACCCACCUGCUCGCGGGUGGUACCGCGGGUCUGGCGGAAGCGCUUGUCUGCCACCCCCUUGACACGAUCAAGGUCCGCAUGCAGCUCUCCAAGUCGCGCAAGGCCAAGGGCCUCAAGCCCCUCGGCUUCUUCGCGACCGGUCGCCAGAUUGUCGCUCGCGAGACCCCGCUCGGCCUGUACAAGGGUCUCGGCGCCGUCGUCACGGGUAUCGUGCCCAAGAUGGCCAUCCGUUUCGCUUCGUUUGAGCUGUACAAGGGAUGGCUUGCCGAUGCCGAGGGCAAGAUCUCGCCUGGUGCCACCUUUGUGGCUGGUCUUGGUGCCGGUGCGACCGAGGCCGUGCUCGUCGUCAACCCCAUGGAGGUGGUCAAGAUCCGUCUCCAGGCCCAGCAGCACUCGCUCGCUGACCCCGACGCCGUGCCCCGUUACCGCAACGCCGCGCACGCCGCCUACAAGAUUGUCGCCGAGGAGGGUUUCGGCACCCUGUACCGUGGUGUCGCCCUCACUGCUCUUCGCCAGGCCACCAACCAGGGUGUCAACUUCACCGCGUACCAGUACUUCCGCAAGUGGGCCCUCCAGUUCCAGCCCGAGUACGCCGCCAAGGGUGACCUCCCCUCGUACCAGACCAUGGUCCUCGGUCUUGUUUCUGGUGCCAUGGGUCCCUUCUCCAACGCGCCGAUCGACACGAUCAAGACCCGUAUCCAGCGUGCCUCAAAGGUCCCUGGCGAGACUGCCUUCUCGCGCUUCAUGAAGGUCGCCACUGAGAUGUUCAAGAACGAGGGCCCGUCGGCCUUCUACAAGGGUAUCACCCCCCGUGUCCUCCGUGUCGCUCCCGGUCAGGCCAUCGUCUUCACCGUCUACGAGCGCGUCAAGCGCAUCAUUGACAAGGCCAAGACGCAAGCCACCAUCAAGGACGACUACGACUCGUAGUGUGCGCGGCAGUAGCAGCAGCAGCAGCACACAGUUGUAGAGGGUUUCGCCCCGGUGCGAGCGAGCAUCAGCAUUGUCAGCACGGAGCAGAGCGCAGCGGCUGGCGCAGGCGAGGAGAAAAAAGUACCGAGCCAUAGUACAGGGCCUAGCAUGCAUGUUGUACAACAGAG